CAUGUAUGUAUGCAUAUAUUCUUUCCUGUUAUUUCUUUGAAAUCAGAGCUACGAGACAGAGUUCUAUCAUCAAUUAUUCUUGGAAUUUAGUGAAAAAAGAAAAGAAUUUGGAAUCAGUCACUCGGUUCCGUCCACCUUCCCUGGUUUAGGAGCUAUUUCCUCCUCCCUAAAAAGGGAGGCAAUCCUGUCGGCUCCGCCUAACUCGCAGAGUUGUGCUAAGAACCGAGUGCGCCUUAUGGGAAAGGCAGAUUAAAAACCAAGAAACAUAAACCAGAAGCAGCUGUUUCUUGACAUGGAGAACCAAGCCAAUAAUACAAUGGGAGCUUCUCCUUGUGAGGCCGAACUUCAGGAAUUAAUGGAACAAAUUGACAUCAUGGUAAGCAACAAAAAAUUGGACUGGGAAAGGAAAAUGCGGGCUUUGGAGACACGAUUAGAUCUUCGGGAUCAAGAGUUGGCAAAUGCACAAACUUGUUUGGAUCAGAAAGGUCAAGAGGUGGGGUUACUUAGACAGAAAUUGGACAGUCUGGAAAAAUGUAACUUAGCAAUGACUCAGAAUUACGAAGGACAACUACAAACCCUGAAAGCUCAAUUUUCCAAACUGACGAAUAGCUUUGAGAAACUGAGACUACACCAGAUGAAACAAAGUAAAGUUCGGAGAAAAGAAUUACUGCACCCCAGAGAAGAAAUACCCUUUGAACUGAGCAAUCUGAACCAGAAAUUAGAGGAAUUUAGAGCAAAGUCAAGAGAAUGGGACAAGCAAGAGAUACUGUAUCAGACUCAUCUGGUUUCUUUAGAUGCUCAACAAAAAUUAUUAUCUGAGAAGUGUAAUCAGUUUCAGAAACAGGCACAAAGUUACCAAACUCAACUAAAUGGUAAAAAACAGUGCAUAGAAGACGGCAGCUCAGAAGUUCCUCAGUUGAUGUGCGAACCGGAUCACAGUUGUGAAGCCAGUGAAAGAGAUGAGUUCAUUAUUGAAAAACUAAAAUCAGCUGUGAGUGAAAUAGCAUUAAGCAGGAAUAAGUUACAGGAUGAAAAUCAGAAGCUUUUGCAAGAACUGAAAAUGUACCAAAGACAGUGCCAGGCCAUGGAAGCAGGACUCUCGGAAGUGAAAAGUGAGUUACAGUCACGUGAUGAUCUCUUGAGAAUUAUAGAAAUGGAACGAUUACAGCUGCACAGGGAAUUAUUAAAAAUAGGAGAGUGCCAAAAUACUCAUGAAAAUAAGAAAAGACAUGAAUCAUCUUAUUCACCUUCGACUAAAGAACCAGAAAGGAAAAGGAAAGAGUUGUUUCCAGUGAUCCUAGAUCAGCCAAAUCACGAAAAAGAGUUGAACAAGAUAAGAAGCCAACUGUAUCAGGAGGAAGAGUGCCAUGGUUCUGAGCAGGAAAGAAUGAGGAAUGAAAUCUCGGACCUAACAGAGGAACUUCAUCAGAAGGAGAUCACUAUAGCAACUAUCAUGAAGAAAGCUGCCUUUCUGGAAAGACAGUUAAAAAUGGAGUUAGAAAUAAAAGAAAAAAUGUUAUCAAAACAGCAGGUCUCAGACAUGAGAUACAAAGCUGUCAGAACUGAAAACACACACCUGAAAGGGAUGAUGGGAGAUUUGGACCCCGGACAGUACAUGACAAGUGAAAUCACUGACAUUAAGAGUUUGGACUUCACUAACAGGGAACAUUCGAGGCAUACGUCUAUUAACAAACUGGAACACGAGAAUGAAAGGCUCCGAAAUGAUCUUGCAAAACUUCGCUCCAAUGGCAAAUCAGCAUGGGCCAAUCAAAAUACCUAUGAAGAAAUGGGACGGUACACCUAUCAAAACCAAAUGAAAAUGGAAAAAAAUGAAGAUAGACUUAGCCAAGACCGGGAGCCCAACAGAAGUGUGACACCUCCUCUGCCGCCUUUGCCAUUUCAAACCAGAGAAAUGACAAGUCCCCUGGUUAGCGAUGACGAAGUGUUCCCACUGUCUCCCCCAGAUAUAGUCUUCCCGGCCUCUUUGGCUGCACAGCAUUUCCUUCUGGAGGAAGAGAAGCGAGCAAAAGAAUUUGAAAAACUUCUAAAUUCACAUAUUGAUGAACUGCAAAAACAUACAGAAUUCACUCUUAAUAAAUACACCAAGCUAAAACAAAAUAGACACAUUUGA